AUGGCUGGGAAACUGCCGCUGCCAAGUACACAGGAAACAGGUUCUCGAAUGUCGCCUGCGCUAAACUUUGCGACACUGGCAAAGGCUAUUGGACGCGUUACACAAGUUCUACAACACCUCUGGACCGCCAUAGAAACCCUCAUAAUCCGCAUAGCAACACUCCCAUACUACCGCCUAUACCACUUCAACACCAUCAAUCCCCUCUGCAACCUCGCCUCCCUCACCUCAUCCCCCACCCCAGACACCAAAAAACUCUUCUCCACACUAUCAAGCUGGCGCACCAGAAAACUUAGCGAACUCCAAUUUACUACUAUCUCCUGCACCGUCCUCGCCGCCGCCGUCAUCGGCGCCUUCUCAUGGCCCACAGUCUCAACAGCGCACUGGCUCACCCCAGGCUUCUGGCAUACCAGCUUGAUUUUGUCGAUACUCGGGAUUUUGCUGUCGGCGUCUGAGAUUACUGUUUUGAAUUUAUUGGGGCCGGUGAGGUAUGCCGCCUCGUCCUCGCCCUCUCUCUUACCACCCACCUCCCAGUGCCCGCCCUCCUCCACACCUAGUAAUGGUGGGGGUGUGUAUGAUGCAGCAAUACAGAGGUAUAUGCCACUACUCCUCUCGCCCGUGACGGUAAAAGAGGAUGCGGGCAGUGGUGGUGCGAAGCAACGCUACGUGCCCCGGCGCAAGAUGGUGUUUAUAUGGCAAGCCCCGCUGAUGUUCAUGUCGUAUUCCGUGUGCGCUUUUCUAGCUGGCCUGACGGUCUUGGUUGGUUUACCGGUUCUGAGGGGGGAGAAGAAGGGGGCGUGGGGGGAUGAAGGGUGGAAUAUCGCGGUCAUGUACCUUACGACGUUUGGGGCUGGGCUUGUAGCGUUUGUGUACUGCUCAUUUUGGGUAUAUCACUAUGUGCAUGUUGAGCAUGAUGGGGUUGAGCGCGAGGAGCAUCGCGCGAUGGGGCCUUGGGGGGCGUUUCCUGCUGGGUAUGAUUGA